GGAAGCCUGCGCAUGUGCAUCAAUAACCGAGCUCUCAACAAGCAGACCAUCAACAAAAAAUACCCAAUACCACAAAUCGAUGAUCUGCUUGAUCAGCUUCGGGCAGCCACGGUAUUUUCCAAACUAGAUCCAUGGUCCGGGUACUGGCAGAUACGAAUGGCGGACAAUUCUAUCAACAAAACUGCCUUCCGAACUCGGUACGGGUCGUACGAGUAUCUAGUAAUGUCGUUCGGACUCACCAAUGCACCGGCAAAGUUCCAAGCCGAAAUAAGCCAUAUUCUACGCCCACUCUUGGACGAAUGCGUGGUGGUGUACCUGGACGACAUACUCGUGUGACUUGCAGCAGCACGUCCAACACU